UACAUUCUAUUCUGUUCGCGAGACUCUCUUGCACGUCGUCUCACUGGCCGUCCGUCACUUCAAAGGAGGCAGCAGCAGAAAACCGUUCCUUCAGCAUUUGGUAGCGCCGGAUGGUUUCACACAGAAAUUCGGAGUUCUGGCAAUGCUAAGGAUGUUAGCUGUUUUUCUCUUCUCAAUGCCCUUCAUGCCUUCCGAAAACAGCGGCUUGAAACCUCUGAAUCGGUUUGUCCGCCAUUACGAGCCUCUUUCUUAUGACCCGAUUCGUUUACCGUCCACACUCGGACGUCGAAGGCGAUCCAUCGAACCAUCGCGCAGCAUCGUCUACCUUACAUUUUAUUCGCAUAACAGAUAUUUCCACCUGAACCUCCAGAGGGACCAUUCUGUCACCAGCAAUAAUUUCGUCCUUGAAACUUCAACACUUGGCCGCAUUGACUCUAAUCUUGACCACAUUUAUUCCGGGUACAUCGUGGGUGACCCAGGCAGUCGCGUCUUCGGAUUCGUUAGUGAUGGAGUUUUCUAUGGAAGAAUUACAACAUCGAACGAAGCAUACUAUUUGGAACCAUCAAAGAGCUACAUAACGGGAAACCCAGGCUUCCAUUCUGUUAUCUACUCUUCCAAAGACGUAACCUACGCAGAUGAUCUAUGCGGCUUUACAGAGAAGUGGCUGGACAACAUCAGAGAGCAGCAUGCACGACGAAGUCAAAACGUUCGCCAUAAGCGAUGGCUAAGAUCAUCCAGCCGUGACAGUGAGGGCAGUAAUUUGUCAGGACGUGGGACCACGCCAAAGCGACGGGACGUAAUACAGGUGAAACGAAUAUGCAACCUCCAAAUUGUCAUCGACCACACGCUGUACGCAGCGGCGCAUGAAGAAGCCAGUGGCGACGAUAUUAUGGCUCGAAAGGCCCUAACGGGCAUGGCUGCAUCGCACGUUUCUGCCGCUUCAGAGAUAUUCAACCGCACAAAUUUUCAAGGAAUCACUGACAUUUCCUUCGUUAUCCAGCGCAUUCAGAUCAAUGAUACCAACGACUGUAGCAAUGCCUUGUGGGGCUCCAAUCCAUUUUGCUCCAAGGGUCUGGAUGCUUCAUUUAUGCUCCACGAGUUCUCCAAACAAGAUCACGAUGGCUACUGUCUUGCAUACCUUUGGACCUAUCGUGAUUUUCCUGCUGGCACUCUGGGACUGGCGUACAUGGCCGAGCCCUACGUGGAUGACACAGGAGGCAUCUGCGAGAAAUUUCAGUACGGAACGACAGUGGACUACGCAAACAAAUACAGCGGUAGACUGAGCCUCAACACCGGCGUUGUGACGUUCACCAACCAGAACGCUCGCUUGCCUCACCACAUCGUUCAGAUCACGUUCAGCCACGAACUCGGCCACAGCUUCGGAGCUGCGCAUGAUCCAGUAACGUGCACUCCCGGUCCCGAGGCUGGGAACUACCUGAUGUUUGCUAGUGCGCAGAUAGGAGACAAGCCGAACAACAGGAAGUUCUCCAGGUGUAGCAUUGCCAGCAUUGCCAGUGUACUGCAUGCUCUACUAGCGGGGGAAACAGACCGUCCUAAUUGUCUACAAGCGCCCUCUGGUCCAUUUUGUGGCAAUAAAGUAGUGGACACAGGCGAAGAAUGUGAUUGCGGCUACGGAAUAAGAGAUUGUAAGGACAAAUGCUGUUACCCGAGGGAGCAUGGUAUAAGCAACGCCAAAGGCUGCACGCUAAAGGCUUCUGCGUCAUGCAGCCCAUCGAACAGCGCAUGCUGCACAACUGAGUGCGCUGCUCGCAGUUCUGGUUACAUCUGCCGUGCUAACGACGAUUGUACACACGAUGCCAUGUGCGACGGGGAAAGCUACACGUGUCCAUCCAGUAAACCAAAGACAAAUGGUACGCUGUGCAACCAUGGAACUCAAAUAUGUCGCUCAGGAGAAUGCAGGUUGUCGGUGUGCCAAAAAUAUGGCCUGGAACAGUGCUACCUCACGGGCGCUCACUACAACCCCGAUGACAUGUGCCUUAUCGCCUGCAGGAAGCCUGGUCAAAACACUGACUGUAAAGAGGCAUGCAAAUUCGAAGCGAUGAAGGAACUGUGCGGAAAAACGAUGGAACCCGGAGCUGCAUGCGACAAUCUUUUAGGCUAUUGCGACGUGUUUGGAAAGUGUCGCCCUAUCGACGCUGUGGGUCCUCUGGCCAGACUACGACUGCUCAUAUUUGGAAGUCACAUUCUCCAGAACUGGCUCAUCAAGUACUGGUACCUGACACUUCUCGGAGCGGUGUCAGUAGCGACUCUGAUGGGAAUAUUCAUUCGCGUGUGCUCUAUCCAUACUUCCAGCAGCAACCCCAACCUAGCACCUCGCAGGAAAUUAUCGCAAAGCAUUAGGCAUCCGUUGGAUGUGAUCAAGGAGACGAUGCUGUCUUUCAGAGAUAUCCGAAUGUCCUCCUCGUCAUAUGUACACGUAUAACUGUGUGGAUUCUGUGUGGAGUUUUUGUGAUUUAGAUUGCAAUUGAAUUGCUCUGAUAUAUUAAAUCAACCGACAUCACACGCUGCCGAAGGGAAGGGUUUGCAGCCCGGUUUCGUAGUUGACUCACGUCAUGCUGCAUUAUCAUGUGGCCUAACGCUAAAAGACAUUCGAACACACGCUAUCGUGGUUGCGCGUCUUGUCAGGCAUGCUGUGACCUCAAUGUGUGUUUCAGCAUGGGAUAAGGUUGGGGGCUUGACACGUGUGUUGGGUGAGGGGAUGGGGUGAGAGCG